AUGUUGAAGGGACCAAAGCUCGCAUACCCUGUGAGCAAAACCCUUCAAUCUUUGAUCAAAAUCCAAUCUUUAUCACCUUUUUCAUCUGGGUUUGUUAGAAACUUUAGUCGUAUUAACUCAAAAGAUAAUGAGUCAGUACAUGAGACUGAAUGGGAAAGAUUACUCAAGCCGUUUGACCUUAAAGAGCUCAGAAGAUCUUUCAAUAAGAUUACACCAUUUCAACUUUGUAAACUUCUUGAAUUGCCACUUGAUGUGGAAACUUCAAUGGAGAUAUUCAAAUUGGCUGGUGCCCAAAAGGGCUAUUGUCACUCAUUUAAUGUGUACUAUUUGUUGAUUGAUAAGCUUGGGGCGGCCGCAGAGUUUAAGGUUAUAGAUAGGUUGUUAUUGCAAAUGAAAGAGGAAGGGAUUGUUUUUAGAGAGUCCCUUUUUAUUUUGAUUAUGAAAUAUUAUGGGAGAGCUGGUUUGCCUGGACAAGCUACUAGGUUGUUGUUGGAUAUGAAGGGUGUUUAUUGUUGUGAACCAAGUUUUAGGUCGUAUAAUGUUGUAUUGGAUAUUUUAGUGGUUGGUAAUUGUCCUAGUGUUGCAUCCAAUGUUUUCUACGACAUGUUGAGUAAGGGUGUUUCCCCUAAUGAUUUUACAUUUGGGUUGGUGAUGAAAGCUUUUUGUAUGGUUAAUGAGGUGGAUAACGCCUGCUCGCUGCUUAGGGACAUGACAAAACAUGGUUGUGUGCCGAAUUCGGUGAUUUACCAGACUUUGAUACAUGCACUUUCCAAGGGAGAUAGAGUCGACGAGGCAUUGAAACUUUUGGAGGAACUGUUUCUGAUGGGUUGCAUGCCUGAUGUUGAUACCUUCAAUACUGUUAUAUAUGGUUUCUGCAGGCUCAACCGAGUUCUCGAGGGAGCAAAAUUGGUUGACCGGAUGAUUCUCAAGGGUUUUACCCCUAAUGACAUGACUUAUGGAUCCCUAAUGCAGGGAUUGUGUAAAACAGGGCGAGUUGACGAAGCGCAUGCAUUGUUGAAAAAAGUCCCUUGUCCAAAUGUGGUGCAUUUCAAUACUUUGGUUAAUGGAUUUGUGAGGAAUGGAAGAUUGAACGAAGCCAAGGCUUUUGUGUAUGAUAAGAUGAUAAACAAUGGCUGUGUUCCUGAUGUUUUCACGUUUAGUACACUUAUUAAUGGCCUUUGCAAGAAGGGGUUUUUAGGUUCUGCUCUCGAAUUGGUUAAUGAGAUGGAUGCUAAGGGCUGCAAGCCCAACUUAAAUACAUAUACAAUUUUGAUUGAUGGGUUCUGCAAGAAAAGCCAACUAGAGGAAGCUGGUCUUAUCUUACGUGAGAUGUCAGCUAAGGGACUUAGUCUGAACACAGUGGGAUACAAUGCCCUAAUAUCUGCCUUAUGCAAGCAUGGAAAGGUUCGUGAAGCUCUGGACAUGUUUGAUGAAAUGUCAAGCAAAGGAUGCAAACCUGACAUAUUUACUUUUAAUUCCCUAAUUUUUGGUCUGUGCAAGGUUGAAGAGAUGGAGGAUGCUUUGGCUCUUUACCAUGAUAUGGUUGUAGAGGGUGUUAUUGCCAACAGUGUAACUUUCAACACAUUGAUUCAUGCUUUUUUAAGGAGAGGUGAAAUCCAAGAAGCCCUUAAGCUUGUGAAUGAUAUGUUAUUUAGAGGAUGCCCUCUUGAUGAAAUCACUUACAAUGGUCUAAUAAAGGCACUGUGCAAAACUGGGGCUGUUGAGAAGGGAUUGGGUUUGUUUGAAGAAAUGAUCAGGAAGGGGCUAACCCCCAGCAUUAUCACCUGUAAUAUAUUGAUCAAUGGCUUCUGUACAGCUGGCAAAGUACAUAAUGCGCUAGAGUUUAUCAGGGACAUGAUUCAUCGAGGUUUUUCGCCAGACAUAGUCACUUACAAUAGCCUAAUUAAUGGUUUAUGCAAGAGGGGACGCAUUCAGGAGGCUCUGAAUCUAUUUGAGAAAUUGGAGGUUGAAGGUAUACAACCUGAUUCUAUUACUUAUAACACUCUGAUUUGUUGGCUCUGCAGAGAGGGAGCAUUUGAUGAUGCAUGCUUACUUCUUUAUAGAGGUGUUGAGAAUGGCUUUGUACCAAAUGAUGUGACAUGGAAUAUCUUGGUUUACGGUUUCAGUAAACAAUUAACAAUGAGCGUCAGACCAUCUCCUAUGGUCAGUUUUAGUGACUGA